AUGCUAUGCAAUCAUUCAAUUAGGGGAAAGAAUGGCACUAUUUGUGGUGACUAAGUAUUAGUCAAAUUGGGGUUCACUCAUAAUUUUUUGUCAUAAAGGAAAGUUAAAUGCCUUGGAUUAAACUUGUUCAAUUAAGCAAUCGAGUCAAUGUCAUGAAUUUAAAAGUAAGAACCUUUAUUUGGAUGACGCGAUUGGUGGAGAUACAAAGUGGCACAUGACUAUACUAUUUUGACUUUCUAACCUUACAAAUUGAUGAUUUUGAUGUCAUCUUUGGUGUAGAUUUUACAAUCAAGGCCAUGGUAGAGUUCUUCCUUCAGUGUAAAUAACUUAUCAUCUAUGGGGACAAGUAAUCUUACUUCAUAUAAAGAUUGACACAAGAGUGAGUAUAGUUGGAACUAAUAUUGACCAGACAACUCAAAACGAACUGCCAACAUGAUGUUGAUACCUUUUUCAUCACUUUCCGACAGGUGGAAGAAGACAAAAAGAAGAAAUUGAUAUACCACCUUCAUGUACAACAUUUAUUUAAGACAUUUAAAUAUAUUAUGUUUGAGAAGUUAUAUGUUAGGCUUUCACUAAGAUAAGAGAUUAAACACAUCAUCGAGUUACUAUCAAGAGAAUGACUUUUGACUUGAAAAUAUCUUAAAAAAUAGUUUUAACUCACUUUGAAGAAUUGAGAAAAUAGUUAGAAAAGUUGUUAUAGAUACGUCACAUAUGUCCUUGUAUCGUACCAUUUGACACACCUAUAUUUUUUCAGCAAAAGAACAGAUCUCUAAGACUUUAUAUGGAUUACUUGGAUUACUGAGUGUUGAAUAAGAUCAUAAUGAAGAAUAAAUAUUUAGUAGCUAACAUCGAUGAAUUGUUUAAUUAG